AUGGCGGAGCCAUCGCCCGCCCAACGCCCCGCUCACCUUAUGGAGCCGGAACUCUCCUUUCUCAUUGCCCGGUACCUGUCGGCCGGCCCGUGUCACAGAGCCGCCCAGGUGCUGGUGCAAGAGCUGGAGCAGUACCAGCUGUUGUGGAAGAGGCUGGACUGGGAGGGCACAGAGCACAGCAGGAGCUACGAGGAAUUGGUCUUGUCUAAUAAGCAUGUGGCUCCUGAUCACCUGUUGCAAAUCUGCCAGCGCAUCGGUCCUAUGCUGGAUAAAGAAAUUCCACCCAGUAACUCAAAAGUUACUUCUUUACUUGGUGCAGGAAGACAGUCUUUGCUACGUACAGCAAAAGGUACCUUAAUUUGAAGACGUGUUCUGCUUUGUAUUAAUAGUUUCAUAAUCACUAUAAUUGUGAAGUAAUGUAAGUGUUGCGGAAGAAAGGUGAUAUGUAACUACAUUAUGCUGUGCACUAACAUUCUCUGCAUUUAGCAUAGAACUUUGAAUUUUAUUACAUAAAUGUUUAAUG